AUGGAUUGCACAGUACAAACGGUACCACUUGCACCGCUGGCGCCCGCUGCCGAUGAAGCAGGUCAGGAGUGGAUUCGAAGACAAUACAGAAAUAACCUCAUUGAAAAUAUCCGACUCUCCUAUUUCGUCAAGCCCCCCUUGCACUAUCAGCCUCCGACCAACGCGCCUGAUGAUCAUCCAAGAAGUUACCGAAUCAGCCUUGCAGAGAUGCAGAGAAUGCGUAUACAAAGACUUCAGUAUCAACUUGCCAUCCAUGCCAGAAAUUUAUACGAAGGACCUGUCCAGAACUGGGAAGACUGGGAGAGGGAUCUUCAAAGUUAUAUCCAAGCUUUACAAGAGCACGAAUACAUGGAAAAGCGUGGCGGGGAGUCAAGAGACCCCUUUCUAAUCACGGGUGAGAGGCAGGUCGAUCGAGAUAUCCUCGACGCUGUCAUGAAAAACAUUAAUGCUCCGGCUGGACGGUCAACACCCGUCCUGGGCUGGGAGACAAAACGCGUCUCGCCUGUCGCUACACGGCGAAGCAACCGGUCUCAGAAACGGUUCAUGCGUAUGGGUAUCGCUGCUGUCGGUGCUGCCUUUCUGAUAACACCUAUGUGGCUUUGUAUCUUGGUCCUCAAAACUCGACAGGCACUAUGGAUGACGACUAUUUUCGUCGAUGUGUUUGGAGUAAUGAUGGCGCUUGUACUCCAUGAAAACCUCGCGGUUCUCUCAGCCACCGCGGCUUAUGCAGCGGUUUUGGUGGUCUUUGUGGCCUUGGUGGCGGAAAAGGACCAAGGUUGA